ACGAGUAUGAUCUAAUUCUGAACUCAGAUAUAAAUAGCAAUCAUUAUCAUCAAUGGUUUUACUUUGAAGUCAGUGGAAUGAAAACAGGCAUUGGUUACCGGUUUAACAUCAUCAACUGUGAAAAGUCAAACAGUCAGUUUAACUACGGUAUGCAGCCACUUAUGUAUUCUGUUCAGGAAGCACUAAAUUCUCGACCCUCUUGGACUCGUGUUGGGGCAGAUAUUUGUUACUAUAAGAAUCAUUUUUCAAGAAGUUCGAUUGCUGCUGGGGGUCAGAAAGGAAAAUCUUAUUACACAAUUACAUUUACAGUGACUUUUCAACAUAAAGAUGAUGUCUGCUACUUUGCUUACCAUUAUCCAUAUACGUAUUCAACACUGAAGAUGCAUCUUCAGAAGUUGGAAUCUAUGCACAACCCUCAACAGAUAUAUUUUCGACAAGAUGCUCUCUGUGAGACUCUGGCUGGCAACACGUGUCCUGUAGUCACUAUUACAGCCAUGCCAGAAUCGAAUUACUAUGAACAUAUCUGUCAAUUCAGGAAUCGUCCUUAUAUUUUCCUAUCUGCUCGCGUACAUCCUGGAGAAACUAACUCAAGCUGGGUUAUGAAAGGAACACUGGAGUAUCUUAUGAGUAAUAACCCAAGUGCCCAAAGUUUGCGAGAAUCUUACAUUUUCAAAAUUAUUCCCAUGCUCAAUCCAGAUGGUGUCAUCAAUGGGAACCACCGUUGCUCUUUAAGUGGAGAAGAUUUAAACAGACAGUGGCAAAAUCCAAAUCCAGAUCUGCAUCCCACAAUUUACCAUGCUAAAGGCUUACUGCAAUAUCUGGCUGCUAUAAAGCGUUUACCUCUGGUUUACUGCGAUUAUCAUGGUCACUCUCGUAAAAAGAAUGUAUUCAUGUAUGGCUGCAGCAUCAAAGAGACAAUGUGGCACACAAAUGUUAACACUACCUCUUGUGAUCUAAUGGAAGACCCUGGUUACAGAGUACUCCCAAAAAUCUUGAGUCAAACUGCCCCAGCGUUCUGUAUGGGCAGCUGCAGCUUUGUAGUGGAAAAGUCCAAGGAGUCAACAGCACGAGUUGUUGUCUGGAGGGAGAUAGGAGUACAGAGGAGCUACACAAUGGAAAGCACAUUAUGUGGAUGUGACCAGGGCAAAUAUAAGGUUUCUGUACCAUAUGACUGGAGGAUGGCAAUUUAUAGAAUAGUGCAUUGCAUUGCUUUAGUUUUCUUGCUAUUAAAAAGCACUUUGUUUAUGAAAACUACUGAUAAAAAAGAAGCCGCAAGAAAAGUUAAGUCAGGCUUUCCAUUUAUUAAGUUUGCAAUUGUUCAAAACAGAAGUACAUGAAUAAUGUUUAGAAUCUACCAAUUAGUAAUACAAUUCUUUUGAACCUUGCAUUUUAUAGUAUAGCGUCAAUGUGGCAAUGUGCAAAGCUUGUGUGUGUGUGCCUGUUCUAGCUUUUAGGAAAAAAAUAUGCCCUGUUCUUCAUACAUUCUCGUGCUGGACAGCUUAGCUUGCCACUGGUUCCUGGUUCUUCUGCUCUUGUGCUUAUUUUGUCAAAGCAUCUUUUUAACUACCUUUUUUCUUGAGAGGAUUAGAAGAUACAAACUAAACUCUUAAAAUUCUCCUGAGAUGAAGAAGAUGCAGAGGAAAGACUGAGUGAGACUGUGACAUUUAAUCUGCUAUCAUAUAAAUGGUUCAGUACUGACUAAUUCUGUAAUUGUUGAUGGCCACUCUGUAGUAUCAUUCUCUUUUCAUAAAACAGUAGAUUUCAGAGGUACUCUUCCUUACAUAAUGCACAGCUCGCCAAAUUAAAUGUAUAUAAUAUGAUGGGAGACUUUAUCACUUAUGUAAUAUUGGAGAAUAAUACAUGAAUUCUACUUCUUAGUUUGUCUCUCCCCAGGUACAGGACUGACUAUCUCAUUCAAGUUAGAAAUAAACAAUGACUUUUGAUACUUCUUUUAUGUAUUUAUGUUUUUAGUUACCAAAUGUGUGGGUAAAUUCUUUCAAAAUUAACAUAUGUAAUCCCUAGUUUAUAGGAGGAGAAGAGAGACUUGUUCAUAUCGAAGAGUAAUAGUAUUGUUUUAAAUUGUCCAAUUUGUUUCUUAGAACAUAUUGAUGAAAUUGCUCAUAGGAUGCGGUAUGAAUUUAUUGAUUUUAAAGGACUUUGUGAAGAAUCUUGUAUUUAACAUCUUAGUAUUUGAAAAUGUUUUUAAAAAUUCUGUCUCAGGUUUUAUAAAUAAUGUAGACUUGGACAUGAUCUCUGAUCUCUUCUGUUAGUGCUGGGUAGAGUUCUAUGAAUAUUGAUGUGCUAGAAACGUUAAGCAGGAAGUUCUGAAGAAAUCUGGAGGUGUCCAGAAAUGGCUGUUCUCCCUUAGGAGACUCAAUUUGUUAUCCUUUGUUCUAUUUAUUUCUUGCUAAGUGUUUAUACUGCGGUUCUUAAAUGUAUUGUAAAUAGUAAUUUUGCUGUAUGUGUGCGUCCAUCAUCAGGUACCUAUUUUUAAAUCUUAUUUUU